AUGUGCUCAGAGAGCAGGAAAAUUCAGGAGCUAAUUGCCUUUGCGAGCAGACUACAGUCUGAACAACCCAGACACCNNCUUACCAAGUACAAGACCGCCGCUCAGAUCUCCCAGAAGGUUCUCGAGGCUGUCACAGGUACAUGGCGUGACGCAAACCACAAAAGACCAAGGACUGACAUGUGUUUAANNGGAUGGUGCACUGAGGGUGCCAAGAUUGUCGAGGUCUGCGAGAAGGGUGACCAGCUCCUCGAGGAGGAGAUUGCCAAGGUCUACAAGGGCAAGAAGAUCGCAAAGGGUAUUGCUCACCCUACCACCGUCUCGCCCAGCGCUUUCGUCACUCCCUACACUCCCCUCAAGUCCGAUGCUGAGGAGGCCGCCGUCGAGCUCAAGGCUGCCGAGUGCGUCAAGAUCCAGCUCGGUGCUCAGAUUGAUGGUUUCGGUGCCAUUGUUUGCGACUCGAUCGUUGUUCCCUCUUCCGAGGCCAACGCCAAUGGCGAACUCGAGGGCCGCCAGGCCGACCUUGUCCUUGCCACCUACUACGCCAACGAGCUCCUGUUGAGAACCAUGCUGCCCUCUGGUCUCCUCGCCUCCGGCUCUGAGGAGGAGAUUGCCAAGGCACGUGCCCAGAAGCCUUACAGCCAAGGCAAGAUCACCCAGCUCCUUGAGAAGCUCGUCAAGAGCUAUGACUGCAACCUGGUCGAGAACACCACCUGCUGGCAAUUUGAGAGAAAUGAGAUUGAGGGCAAGAAGAAAAUCAUCUUGGCUCCCGGCGAGGGUGUCAGAGGUGACGGUCUUCCCGAGGUUGGCGAGGCCUGGGGUGUUGAGAUGGGUGUCAGUUUGGGCACCGGUAAGGUCAAGUCCCUCGGCAACCGCGCUACUCUCCACCGCCGCACCACUACCACCUACGGCCUCAAGAGACCUAGCUCGAGAGCCACUCUGUCCGAGGUCGUCAAGAAGUUCGGUACUNUUCCCUUCUCUAUCCGCCAGCUCGAGGACGAGCGCGCCGGCAAGGUCGGUGUUGUCGAGUGCGUCCGUGGUGGUGUUCUCCGCCAGUACGAGGUCAUUGGUGACAAGGACAACGAGGCUCGUUUUCUAAUCUUUAACCAGNCCGUCACCAAGAACGGUAUCACCCGUCUGAGUGCUCCUCCUACUCCUGACCUUACCAAGUUCAAGACCGACAAGAAGAUCACCGACGAGGAGAUUCUGAAGAUCCUCGAGCAGCCUCUUGCCAAGGAGUCGAAGAACAAGAACAAGAAGAAGAAGACCGCCACCAAGCAGGCCGAGACCACCGAGGCAUAA